UCUCUGUCUUCCCCCUAUUGUUUUAAUCCAGUUUCUGCUUUUCCUCUGUGGGGUGAAAGGACAGAGCCGCCAGCCGAGAUGACAACAUUACGAGCCUUCACGUGCGACGAUUUGUUUAAAUUCAACAACAUAAACCUCGACCCUUUGACAGAAACGUAUGGAAUCCCAUUUUACCUGCAGUACCUCGCCCACUGGCCCGAGUACUUCAUAGUAGCCGAGGCGCCUGGUGGUGAACUGAUGGGCUACAUCAUGGGGAAGGCGGAGGGAUCCGUGGCUCGGGAGGAGUGGCACGGCCACGUCACGGCUCUGUCCGUCGCUCCUGAGUUCAGAAGGCUCGGCCUGGCCGCCAAGCUCAUGGAGAUGCUGGAGGAGAUCUCCGAGAGGAAGGGCGGGUUCUUCGUGGAUCUCUUCGUGCGCGUCUCCAACCAGGUGGCGGUGAACAUGUACAAGCAGCUGGGCUACAGCGUCUACCGGACCGUGAUCGAGUAUUACUCGGCCAGCAACGGGGAGCCGGACGAAGACGCCUACGACAUGAGGAAAGCUCUGUCCCGAGACACAGAGAAGAAGUCCAUCAUCCCGCUGCCGCAUCCCGUCAGACCAGAGGACAUCGAAUAACAAUAGACGGUGGCUCUCUGACGCUCGCUGCUCAAAAAAAAUCAUGUGUGAAAUAUGUAAUUACAAACCUGUUGGAGGUCGUAUAGGUCUACUUGUAAAUAGCUGAACAAUCUAACAGGAUUUAAUAUUCAUAGAACCAGCUUUGACUUUUAAAAUGCCUAUAAAUCAGAGAGCCACUGAUCCAAGUGUAAAAAUGUUUAAUUUUUAAUUUACUGAACAGACAAAUCCUUUAACCAGUGUCACCGCUGGUAAAUCCUGACUCGACAUUUGCUUAAGAAAACAUGACGAGGCAAGUUUGACGUGUGUGAGAGAUGUAUUUACAAAGAAAUUAAGGAAACACACAGACGUUGAAUAAAGACUGCUCAUGA